AGGGCUUCCAGAUCCGCCAAACGGGUGGCUUCCACAGUGCACCACCGAGUGGCUCGGCGGAGGGCGUGACCACCUCCGGCCGGCAGCGGCGGCCGGCGUCCGCACCGCACCACCGCGCGCCAGGCUGCGCCUCAGGCGAUACGGACAGCUGACUGACUGACUGCCUGCCAACCCUAUCCCGAACCUCCGCGCAUGGCAUCCGGCCUCCUCCUCCCGGCGCCGGCGGCUCCCCCGCGCGUCUCGCAGCGCCGGAGGAGCGCCGCCCGCCUCGCCUGCGCGGCCGCCCAGCACGCGCCCGGGCUCCCCUCGACGGGGCCACGCCCACGCGGCUCCCGCCCUCCUCCGCACUACCGGGCUACCGGCGUGGGGGCUGGGGCUCUCUCCUCCUGCCUUGUAGGAUGUAGGUUGUUGUCAUGGUUGAAGCCAAUAAGGUAUGAUGUUAGAGUGCAAACAUCUAACAUAGACCUUGGAGCUGGGAACUAUGAAGGAGAUGAAGCAGGUGGCCGUAGGGAACAGUUGGAUAGUUCUGGUACCAAAAGUUCAAAUGAACCAGCAAAACCAGUUUCGGGAUCUCGUUACAUGCAAGCUGUUGCUGCCGUGCUACUUCUGUGCGCCCUGGCAUCUGCUUUUAUCGUUUUCUUUAAAGGACAGCCAUCUGCAGUUGUAGCUGCACUAGCAAAGUCAGGUUUCACGGCAGCAUUUACACUGAUUUUUGUAUCCGAGAUUGGGGAUAAGACAUUUUUCAUUGCUGCACUACUCGCGAUGCAGUAUCAAAAGGCAUUGGUUUUACUUGGGUCAAUGGCUGCUCUUUCCCUGAUGACUAUCGUGAGUGUCGUGAUUGGACGGAUCUUUCAGUCUGUACCAGCACAAUUUCAAACAACACUGCCCAUAGGAGAAUAUGCAGCGGUUGCGCUACUUGCAUUUUUCGGUUUCAAAUCAAUUAAAGAUGCAUGGGCACUUCCAGAUAAAGUAAAUGGGAAUCUUGAAAAAAACUCUGAAUCUGGUGAACUGGCUGAAGCUGAGGAGCUUGUUAAGGAAAAGGCUUCACUGAAACUCACAAGUCCUCUUGCGAUUCUCUGGAAAUCGUUCAGUCUUGUUUUCUUUGCGGAGUGGGGGGAUCGCUCUAUGCUGGCUACAAUUGCUUUGGGUGCCGCACAGUCUCCCUGGGGCGUUGCUAGUGGGGCCAUAGCUGGACACCUGAUUGCAACCUUGCUUGCGAUCAUCGGGGGAGCAUUCCUAGCCAACUACCUAUCCGAGAAGCUGGUUGGCCUGCUGGGAGGAGUACUGUUUCUGUUAUUUGCCGCCGCGACGCUUUUCGGCGUGUUCUGAUAUAUCUGAAGAAUCCGUAAGUUUUCUGCUGUGCAGUGUGGUAGUCCAUCCUAAAGUUUGAGGGAGGGCAGACCCCACUCUAAUGUUUUUUUAGUUGUGCAAAAUUUUACUGUAUGUAACUAGGCGUUCAUAUACCCUUCGGAAGAUCUCGAUGUGUAUAAUUUGAGUCAUGUUUGAUGAGCGAUGCAUGUGUCUUAGGGUGUCUGGAUUCCUAUUUGCUGUGUUGGACACUAAACACUUACCUCAAUAGAACUGUCCAUAAGCUGUCGUCCUUUGUAUGCUCGA